UAUAUAUAUAGCCAUUAUAGGUUACUUUAGGUUGCAAAGCGAGUCACUCGUCGAGUGUCGCGCUACUAUGCGCGUUACUAUACGCGUUUAUAUUGUAAUAUCGCACGUGAAUAAACAUCGACAAGAAGAGGAGGUCGGACGACCCGCGAAGAAAUGAAAAUAUUCCGUAAAUACUCGGCUCCCUGCAGACAAUUAACGCGAUUACGGCAAACAGGCUUCUUUUGCAACGAUCGCUCUACCAUAUUUUAUCGUACCAACAUUCGCGCUCGUCGUUCCAAGAGAAUUCGGAAAUGCGAAAAAGACGUUUGAAAAUUGAAAAAUCAUGACGUCGCUAUGUGUUACGCUAAUUAACGUAAUCGUAGACUUUGAGCGGCAUUAAUAAAUCAUUAAGUCUCUGCCUCGUAAUGCAAAUUUGACGAAGACUUUAGCCAUCGUCCGGAUACUCUUCCCCCCCCCCCCUUCCUCUCUUUUUUUCGCUAUUCUCGUAAUCAACGACGAAGAUGACGGAGCUGUAAUGCAUUAAUUAUCUCUCGUGAAAAAGAACCAAAUCUUCCUCGUCUACGCGAAAUAAACGCUGGUAAAUAAAACGGUCUCGAAUCAAUGUGUUACAUCCUUAUUGUAUUUUUAUUGAAAUCAGUUACAUAAGUCGCGCUUUCAUUUAAAUGAACGAUUACGCGCAAACGAAUGACGCGUGGGGAAAGUAAACACGUAGUUAAUGCGACGCGAUAGCGAGUUCUUUGAUUAAUUUCACCUUGGCCAUUGGCAAAUACGCAGAGAGCGAGUCAUAUUAAAGACGCUAUGGUCAAAUUUUCUCCGUUUAUUCGAAGUAUACAAUGUCUGUGUAUGCGCGCGCGUAUUAGCGAGUCAUUGAGAAUUGACGCAGAUAAUUAUUUUAGGGAAGAACGACGAAUACAAAUAAACAUUUGCGCAUCGCAUCGUACACUCGAUAUAAAUGAUACAAAGAAAUGAUCGUACUUACUUGGCCGAUCCUUUAGGAUUUUUGUCGAUCGAAAAACGUUCUCUCUCCAAGUCCGUCUCCUUUCUUUCGUUCUUUAUUUUCGUUUUACUCGAGACAUAAUUUCGAUAGCGAGUCUGGCCUUUCCCAAAAGUAUUUGUUCUCCUUUGAUUUAUGAGUCUCGUCGAAAAGACGCGCAAAAGCGUAUACGAGCCGCUUCCAAAAUAUUCUUCGUCGCGUUUUAUUUUGAGAACUCUACGACGCUUUUGGUAUACUUAGAGUGGCACUUUUAGAAACGAAAUUCCACUAUUAAUAGUUCUCGCAUGAGAUCGUUGAAUCUAUUCGAUGCGAAGGGAAGAGAGUUCGCCAGACGACGAGUAUUUCUUUAUUACUUAUAUAUUUAUUAAAAUAGAUCGUUACACAUAUAUCGUAUACAUGGUACGUUAAAGGUCUUGCCAAUAAAAUCGUUGCUCCGUAAAGCGUAACUAGAUCACCGAGCGCAUCCCAAAAGUUACCAUGAAAUUUUCAAGGCGUACGGACAGAGCGCGACUGAAAUGCGUGGAAAAAUAAUUCUUUCGAAGAGCAUCCCCGCGAAGCGCUAUAAAGGAGCUCGCUUCGCAUUACCGUAAAUUGUCGUGCACGAUAAUGAUGUGCGGUGAUUUUUUUAGCAAAUAUUUUUCUUCGAUAUAAAUUACGACAUAUUUGCUCAUUUUGCGGCCUGCCGUCCUAUAAAUAUUUUAAAACAGGUGCAUAAAUGUUUGCAGAAGCAACAACUCGAGAGACGUUACGGUUACGUUCGCGUCGUGUUUCGCGUCCGAGUGAAAAAAGAGCGUGUCCGUGAAAUCACAAAUUUUAAAGGGUAAUGUAGAGAGAUCGAAAAUAAUCGUCGUACGUAAAAGUUCUCCGAGUUUGAAUCUUUCCAGCUUGUCGGUCGGGCAGGUGCGAUCGCGGAAGACGGAUCGCCAUUUCGCCCGAUCGAUCGUUCACACGUGAAUUUCCAAGUUUAUUGUUGCCAACCGAUUUACUAACGCAUAAAGCAGUCGACGCUUUCUCUCUCGCGCGCGCGCGCUUCCUCGCCCAGAUAAGAAAACAGCCCGAAUACGCGCGCGAGAGAGGAGAAAAAAUAUUUUCGUUCUACGGACAACAGUCUCCGACGGUACGAAGCGAUCGAAAUAUUUGUUCGUAGAUUUUGAAAUAAAUCGGGCGAGAUAUUCAAAAGCGAUAUUUUGAAGCGACGACGUGGAGAAAGGGAGAAGAUCUCGAAAUAGGUCAAGCAUUCGUCGUUAUCCGGUGACCCCUCCCCUAUCGAUCACGACAACGUAUACCUGUUUACGACAACAACUCUCUUCCCGACCUUGCUUCGAACUCGUCUUCUACCUUCUCUCGCGUUCCUUCCGAAAACACGGACGACUACACAACGGAGAGAGUCGGACGAGGAGGGGAAGAGAGAGGGGGUGGGGGGAGAUAGACAGAGAGACAGUCGUCGUAAAGCCCGAGUCGGUCGAACCGAAAGUUCGAACCGUUUCGAGUAGAUUCUAAAAGGUAAAGGAAAAUUACACGUCCCUUUGUCCGAACGAUAGACAAUACGUAGGCUGCUUUCCGUAUUCAAAGACACGACCGGCGAAACUUUCCGAGUGCGGAAGAUGUGGGUUUUCAUCGAGUUACCGAUCGAGCAAUUCCAACGACGAAUACAAAUCGAGGGAGGACUCCCUGGGCGCACCUGUCCCUCCUGUCCGCCCGACCGAUGGACGAAAGAAGAGACUCCAGGGAGGUAACGUGAGAGAGGGUGGAUCCCGUCGCGGAGGAAAUCGCGCGAGUAUAUCCAGGACGCAUUCAUCAAAAGACGCCCUUUCGUUUCCUGUUUUUCUUUCCUUCGCACGUCGCUGACCACUCAGGGAGCUUCCUUUCCGAUUUCGAUAUCUACGAUUGAUCGAUGAAACGCUAAUACGUCCCGGCACAUCAACGUACGUUCCUAUUCGACCUAGGUGGAAGCGCGAUAUAACGGCACGUGCCAAAUGCUUUUUCACCUAUCUUCGAUCGCCACUCUCUUAUCGUCGACGUGUGCGAGCUUUCCUGGUCGGUGGCGAUAUACAUCGCCCCUUAAGUGGAUACUUCAUUUUCGUGCUGCGCCGUAUACGAAUCAGGAAAUGAAAAAUGGACUCGUACCUUCGUAUGCGAUUCCUAUUCAUGGGAGGAGAAACCGAGCAUCGACCUUUGCACCUUUCUAUAUUUGUUUCAACGAGGCGAAUCAGGGCCUGCCAAAUUUUCCUUGGCAGAGGAGAGAGAGUAAACGAAUCACCGAUGUCGUCGUCGAGCUCGAGAAAUCGAAACGAGUCGAGAGCAGUCGAUGUAGCGAACGUUUCGCUGCCAGUUGCGUUUCGGCGUCUCUCGGAUCGUUUCUUCCUCCGUUUGACUUCGUUUUAAUCCGUUUUCUUCUCGUGCCUUUCGUUUCCGUGUAUUUCGCGCCUGAAUUGGCAAAAUGUGGGUCAGGAGUUUUCGGUCGCGCAAAGAUUUUCCGAAACGACGGGACGAGCGACCUAUAAAUAGAAUUUUAAUGACGAGUUUAAUUUAUGACCCUCGUUCCGCUUCGAAGUGCAGUUUUGUUAGAGAACGAAAUUAAGUCCAGAGACCCGAAGAAAUGCGUUUAGAAGGUUGGAGGAGAGUGCGUUUAUUGGAUAACGGACUGACGCCAGUCACAAGCCACAGCCGCCGUCCGACGACACUUUCUGUACACGUGCACGGCGACGGCUUAUCGAGCGUUCGUGCCGUACGAAGUUCGGCCCUAUCAUCGGGGAUUAAUUAAGAAGCGAGGACGCGAUUAGCCGUCGAUCGAGUCGGUACGACGGGCGCCGGCACCUCCAUCGCCACUACACACACACACACACACACGUAUACUCGUAUAUACGUGUACGGGACGGACGGACGAGAGCGACGAAGCAACAGCAGCCCAGCAGCACGUGUACAUACAUCGAGUGAAAGAGAGAGAGAGAGAAAGAGAAAGAGUGAGAGAGAGAAAGAGAGAGAGCGAGAGAGAGAGAGAGAGAGAGAGAGAGAGAGAGGGGGAGAGAGCACUACGACGACGGCCGAUCGCCAUUUAUCGUCCGCCGCGGAACCGUCGAGGAGAGAGCGUGAAUGAGUUCGAAGAUCGACUGCCCACGAAUGAUUCACGCUGCCUACGCGAUUUACUACAUUACACGUGUGGCGAACCAGGCGCUUACCGUUUCGCCACAGCCGGCAGUAACGGUGGAGGGGCCGGUGUCCAAAAUGUCUCCACCGACGAACGACGUGACCAACGGUGUAGUGGCGCCAGCAGCCACCUUGGCGCCCCGAGUUCCUACGAACCCUUCGCUCACCACCGUAAAUCCGCUCACGCACAAGCGCACUCCGAAGGAUUUCAUCUUUGGCAAGGUGAUCGGCGAGGGAAGCUUCUCCACCGUUUACCUCGCCAAGGAUAUCCAUACCAGCAAGGAGUACGCGAUAAAAGUGUGCGACAAGCGUCACGUCAUCAAGGAGAAAAAGACCGAGUACGUGAAACGCGAGAAGGAGGUGUUGAACAUGCUCGCGACGGCGAAACACUCGUUCGUGCGUUUGUUCUGCACCUUCCAGGACAUGGAAAGACUCUAUUUCGUCCUAUCGUACGCGAAAAACGGCGAGCUUCUACCUUAUAUCAAUAAGGUUGGCUCCUUCGACAUCGAAUGUACCAAGUUCUACUCGGCGGAGAUCCUGCGUGGUCUCGAGUACCUUCACGGUCUCGGCAUCAUUCAUCGCGAUCUCAAGCCGGAGAACAUACUUUUGGACGAGAAGAUGCACCUGCUCAUUACCGAUUUCGGCAGCGCUAAAAUCCUCAAAGAUCCGGAGACCCCGCAGGUGAUGGGACCUCCGGCGGAUGACGCUCAACAACAACAGCAGCAGCAGCAGCAGCAGCAGCAGCAGCCGCAACAACAGCAACAGCAGCAGGGUCGCAAGGAACGCAGAGGUUCCUUCGUCGGCACCGCGCAAUACGUCUCACCGGAAUUACUGACGGACAAAACGGCGAGCAGAGCGUCGGACCUUUGGGCGCUCGGCUGCAUCGUCUACCAGAUGGUCGCCGGUUUGCCGCCGUUCCGUUCGCGGAGCGAAUACUUGAUAUUCCAAAAGAUCUUGAAGCUCGAGUACGAAAUACCCGAUGGCUUCUGCGAGUUGGCCAAGUCCCUCGUCAGUCGUCUUCUCGUGCUCGAACCCAACGAAAGACUCGGCGCUCAGGACGAGCACGGCGCCGGUUAUCCCAGCAUUCGUGCUCAUCCCUUCUUCGAGGGUGUCGACUUCGAGACCCUUCACGAACAAACGCCUCCGCCGAUUUAUCCCUAUUUGCCCGGCACCUCGGAGCACGAGGAACUCAGGUCGCAGUACAGAGUUCCGGAUCAUCUCGAGCCCGGGCUCGACGACAAGCAGCUAACGAGACUUCUCGGUCUUGGCAUCGGCGAGGACGACGACGACGACGACGACGACGACGACGACGACGACGAUGACGAGGAGGACGACGAACGCGAGAACGAGAACAACGCGGACAACAACAGUGCCGAACCUAGCGCCAACGAGCCGAGCAAACGAACCAUCGACAAGCCCGCUCGACGCGCUGCCGUACUCGCCGCCGCCGCCACCGUUGCCGAGAGACAACCGAGAAAGACCAGGACCUCCGGAACCGAAAGCAACAUCGCCGAUCUCACGCCCGAGGAGAUCAGAAACCGAUUGGAGAAGCAACGCGCGUCCAGUCAGUGGGACGUCUUCGUCGAGGGCAAUCUCAUCUUGAAGCAAGGAUUCGUCAACAAGAGAAAGGGCCUCUUCGCUAGACGGAGAAUGCUCCUGCUCACGACCGGACCUCACCUAUAUUACGUCGACUCUGUCAAUAUGGUGCUCAAGGGUGAGAUACCCUGGAGCCCCGAACUCAGGGUCGAGCCCAAGAACUUCAAGAUUUUCUUUGUCCAUACUCCAAACAGGACGUAUUAUCUCGAAGAUCCCGAGGGAUUCGCAUUAGAGUGGUGUAGAGCUAUCGAGGAGAUGCGAGUCCAUUGUUACGGCCUGCAGGAAUCCACCGCUUAAGAAAAAAAGUUGUCCGAGAGCAAUGACCACGACUCGAUCGCGAUACCCGUCCGAGAAGACGACGGUAGAGAUUCGAUAAUUUCAUCUUUUCGAAUUUGACGUUAUAUAGGAAAGAAUUUGUUACAUGUAUAUACAUAGACACGUAGGAAGACAUCGUAGGGACCGAUAGAUGUCGCUUCUACUUUAGGAAAGAUACUCUAGAUCGUUUGGUCGUUUCCCCCUCGAUUCUCGAGGGAUCUUCUUAAAGUUAGGUAAAUUAUCGUUGCAAGAGGCAGUGGCAAGCUGCUUCGAGACACGAAGGGUAGAGCGAAUUGUUUAGGGACAAGUAUUUGCGAAGCCGCAUCGGUCGUUCAUCGAUGUAACGUGAAUGUGACGCGGCGUCGUGCGAAGCUUUAGGAAAAUUCUUUACAAAGUAUUUAUAGUCGAAAUUUCUAUUUAACGAUUAGAACAGAAGUGGCUCCGAGGAAAGGCCGGAUGAGAGUGUAGAAUUAAGAGACGAUGUUUACAGCGGAUCGACGAAAUAGAAAAGGAAAAACGUUGGGAGGAAUUUAGACACAGACCACCCACCACCACCACCACCAUCCCUUUGCAGCUUUAAUAAUAUCGCUUACUUUUGUUACGUUAACCGAGAAACGAUCGGUCCAACUUGCCCGCGGCUCCUUUUCGUAUCCGAUUUUUUUUUUAUUCUUAUUUUUUUUUCUUUCUUUUUGUCUCUUUCUCUUUUUUCGUCUCCCUGUGGUACCUGUCUUGUAAAUACAAAAGAACCAUUUCACUCGAAAAGCAGGGCAAAGACUUUGCGAAGCGAGGAUGCAUGCCUAUGCAUCCCCAUUAUACAUAUAUUUAGAAUUAAUAAUUAGCGUAAUUCGUAAGUACAAAACAGUGUGUGUUCUCGUCGCGUCGUCAUCGAUCCGCUUCUCCUCGGGUUUUUGCUCUUGUUCCGUUUUCUCGUCGCGACCAUUUAAUCGGGCCCUCGCGGAUUUGGAAGAAAAAGAGAGAAAAGACAAAAGAAAAAGAAAAACGGCAGUUCGGGAACGCUAAGAACGAAAAUCGUGUGGUACGUCGACGUAGAGUAGGGUGGGCUUGCGUCGACAAAAGUUGAAGAGAGCACUGAUAAACGAUGAUUUUCUCCUACCGCGAAGAUAUGGAUACGGGAAAAAUCGAACGCGAUCCUAUUUAGAUUAAAUAGAUAGUCUUGUUUUUUCGCCUAGCUUUAAGAAACAAAUAGGUAAUUAUAAUAUAUUUAGAGAAAGCGCACCGAAAUUCGCUCUUACUCGCGUGCGUCGGUAUAACUUAUUUUCCUUCGCGUUAAGCCAAUUAUUAUCGUUAUCUUAUUAUUCGCUAUUAUUAUUGCUAUUAUUAUUAUUAUCAUUAUUACUAUUACUAUUACUAUUACUAUUAUUAUUAUUAUUAUUAUUAUUAUUAUUAUUAUCAUUAUCAUUAUCAUUACGAUCAUCGUCAUCAUCAUUAUCAUCAUUAUAAUUGUAUACCUUUUAAUAGAAUGCAUUAUUAACGCUCUUGUUAACUACUACGUAGCCGUAUGUAUUAUAGUAUCGCCGAUAUAAGUAUUGUUUCCUCGUAGGUUUAAAAACGCGGACUUUUUCGUUUAUUUAUUAUAGAAGAAGCUAUUCGUCUUACGUUAUUUAUUUUUUUCUUAGUUCUUUUUUGUUCUUUUUUUUUCGUUCCAUCUUUUCUUUCAUUCGGUUUUUCUUUUCUUCGUAUUUCAAAAUAAGAUUUAAGAAGUCUGUAUAGAUGUUACGUAUUAGUUAUAUUACCGCUACUACCACUGCGACUAUUACUACUAUUAAUGCUAUUACCAAUUAUUAUCGCUACUAUAAUACCGCGUUGAAUAUUGUAUAUAAGUGUGUGUAUAUAUCUUUAUAUAUAUAUUAUUAUAUAUAUAUAUAUAUCCUCUCUAGUAAUCGCGUAUAUGUACACACGUAUAGACGGUAGAAACAAUACGCGUGCGUGUAUAAACCCAUUACAUCGUCAUUGUAAAGUUAGAAACUUUGUAAAUAUAUUUCGCGACGAUCGUCUAGUAGGAAUCGGGAUGAAUCGCCUCGUUUCUUCGGCUUAGAAUCGUACGACCAAAUUCCUUGAUACUGUGUAUUAUACACUUGUACAUUAUCAUUAUCUAUACGCAUUGUAUAUAUAUAUACACACACGCACGCACUUGUCGCGUGUAUAUAUAUAUACACUCAUACAUAUAUAUAUUUAUAUAUAUAUAUAUAAAAGUAAUAUUACGCGCGAUAUUUAUGAGAAUGUGAAUAUAUGUAGUUAGUUAGACAAUUUGUGUACAAAAGAAAUUCUUAGGCUUAGGAUACGAAAAUUAGGAUAGAAUUCGUUGACUCCACUUGCCGCGGCGAGAGAGGCUCGAAAAUAAGGAAUUUGAUCGUACGUGCGUUUAUUCAGUCUUUUUUCGUUGUUGAAAAAUUCAAUGUUAUAACAGUGGGAGUGCGCGUAAUGGUCGACUUCCUCGCGAGCAUAGAUUUAAACAGGGUAUAUAAAAAUAGAGGGAACUGCGCGGAAAGCGAAAAGAACGGAUGUAAGGUCGAAUUUCGUGGAGCAGGGAGCCGUGGCUCGAUGUGUUCGAAAUAAUGGCGGUUCUUCUUUUAGAUCCGGCAUUGUCCUCGCGCCCAGUGGCUCUUUCCAAAGUGACCGCUUUUGGUGGGCUACGUACGGUGCGAGCGGACCAAGAAAAAUGGAAUUUUGUUCCCGCGAAUUUCCUCCUCCGCGUUCUUUUCUUCAUUUUCGCCUCUUUCUCUUUCCUAGUUGCGCGACUUUUCUUUCUCGCGAGGACGUUUUCCUCUUUUCCAUUUAUUUUUUAUUUUUCUUUAAGUCUUUAUCCUUGCGUGUUCGUUUCUUGUUCAUUUUGUCUUUAUUAUCGUGCUCUCUCACUCCUCUCUCUCUCUCUCUCUCUCCCGAUCGAUCGAUCGAUCGAUCGAAACGAGGUGUUGUAGAUACGUUAAACGUGAAAAUUCAGACAUUCGCGGCAUAUACCAAAGCGCGAUAACGCAGCGUUAUUCCGCACGCGUUCUUUACGCCCAGCUGCAUUUUGUUUCUCUACGUUUUAUGUAGACCGCGCUAAAGCUUUAGUAGGCGUAAAGGAGAGCGUGUACGCGAGGAAAAAACGAGGUGGUUCGUCGGAUCAAUCGUCGAUAUGUGUUAGGCGAAAAGUUUGGUGGAUCUUCGAAAUCGUAAUUCGGAGAUCAUGGUAUCGAGAUUCCUAUGUGCUUCGAGCGGCGUCGUAUCCAGUUUUCCUUUGUAUUAUAUAGUUCUAAUUAAAGAAAAUGAAUUCGCGAAUCGACGCGAAGCGAUGCCAGCUCGAAGACGCCUCUCAGCGCGCGACGAGUUCAAAGGAAAAUACAAAAUUCCUAGGUAAUUUAACUAAUUUAUGUAUAAUACGCACGUAUUAGUGCGUAUGUAGAGAGGAGAUGAAUACUUAAAAGAAAAAAAAAAAAAAAAAGAAAAUCAGUGGUGUAAAUUUGUGUUCACGGAUCAUCUUUUCCGUGAGCCACGCAAGCAAUAACAGGCAAGGCCUUGCGAACGUUGAAAUGCCUACUGUUUCGAUGCGAUAGAAACGCUUCAAACUAUUCAUUGCAGUAUUACUAAAUGUAUACAGAUUUUAAGACAACACACGAUCGACACACUUCACAUCGGGUCCCACGUGCGUACUCGAUCACACUUAUUACUCACACAUGCAGUCGCGCGCGCGCGCGCAUACAAACACACACACACGUACCUAUAUACCUACCUUUCACGCACUUCAAACACACACUCGUACACGCAAAGUUCUAGACACGGGAUAAGGAUGAAGACUGUAAAUAGUUAGCACGUAAUUGAUAUUAUAGGCGACGAAACCUAUUAACAUCAAAUUUAUUUAUAGUAAAUUUUCCGAAACAUAUAA